CUGGUCGCUGCUCCCUUCUCUGCGGCCUUCUCCAGGUCCUCUGCACGACCAGCAAAACAACCACGAUUAGAGCAAAGUCUACGACCGCGAAUCGCAUCAGAAAUACGGCACAGUAGGCUUGCACCAGCAGCGCGCAGUGUGUCUACAACGACAAACACAGCUCAAUCUGUGCCAGACAAUGUGUUGACCUGGGACCGAUUCUUCGACCUGCGGAGGAAACGAAGGUGGCUCAACUUGGUAUGCAGCGGGCUGACCUCAGGGGCCACUGUCCUAGUAGCAGCGCCUUUGAUUGCGCAGGCGGACUUCGAUAGCUGGGGAGCACAAAUAUCUGGACUGGAUCCAAUUGUAGUGCUAGGAAUAAGCACUUUCACAGUAGCCGCGGGAGGCUGGUUGUGCGGGCCCAGCUUCGGCAAUCUCAUGUUCAGUCUAUGGGCUGGACGAAGAGGAUGGAGGGCUGGCAUAGCAGAGAAAGAGAAGUCGUUUUAUGCGCGCAUCAAGCGCUAUCGAGCUGACGCUUCCGCAUCGAGCCCGCAGAACCCUAUCCCUGACUACUACGGCGAGAAGAUUGGAAGCGUGAAGGACUAUCGACGCUGGCUCAAGGACCAGCGAGCGUUCAAUCUGAAGAAGAACAAGAACAUGCUGUAG